AUGACGGCAUCUUCGCAGGCGAGCACCUCGUUGCAGCCAUACGGCAGCCGGGUGGGCAAUUUUGCCAAAAAUGCCGCCGCACGCAACAUCCUCGAGACGAUGGAGCGAAAGCAGUCGAACCUGUGCGUGUCCGUCGAUGUGACGAAGAAGAAGGACCUUCUGGAUAUUGUCGAUGCCGUCGGAGAGGCUGUUAUCAUGGUAAAGACUCACAUCGACAUCGUCGAGGACUUCGACAUGGAUCUCGUCGUCCAGCUCACUGCCCUUGCUAAGAAACACGACUUUGUCAUCUUCGAGGAUCGCAAAUUUGCCGACAUUGGCAACACCGUCUCGCUGCAGUACGCUGCCGGCGUCCACAAGAUUGCUUCGUGGUCCGACAUCACAAAUGCCCACCUGGUCCCAGGCACAGGCAUCAUCGACGGCCUGGCAAAAGUCGGAGAGCCGCUCGGCCGCGGGCUGCUGCUGCUGGCAGAGAUGAGCUCCAAGGGGACACUGGCCGCGGGUGAAUACACACGGGCGAAUGUCGAGGCAGCCUAUAACAACGAGUCUGGCUUUGUCAUGGGAUUCAUUGCCAUGGGCCGCGUCGAUGACAAGUACGCACCGGCCGACAAGCCCAAGCGCGACUUCCUCGUCCUCACGCCUGGCGUUGGUCUCGAUGUCACCGGCGAUGCAAUGGGUCAGCAGUACCGCACGCCUGACGAAGUCAUUUACAAGUCGGGCUGCGAUGUCAUUAUCGUGGGCAGGGGCAUUUAUGGGGCCCUGACUAAGGAGAGCGAUGAUACGGCGAGGCAAGCGGCCGUUGAGAGCGUCCGCAAGCAGGGCAACCGCUAUAGAGAGGCAGGCUGGGAGGCAUACCUCAAGAGAAUAAACCACGGAAACCAGAGUGGGUAA